AUAAUUUGUGGAACUGUUCUCUAUCGACUGAGCUACCGAUAUUGUAGUCUACAUUUUAAAAAUUAUAGAUACUCCAUGAUAGAUGGUACGCACAAAUCUUGCAUUUGUAUGGUUAUUGAAUGCAAAGAAGCUUCUGUAGUCUUUGUCAGAGACGUAUGGCCUGUGGUGUAAUUAUAAACAAGCGAGCAAGUAGUGUGUUGUUAUGGAUGUAGGAGCAGUUAAAUUUUAUGCAGUUUGAACAUAUCACCUUUUUAAUAUGCCACUUCCAGCAGCCCUUGUAUCGCGAUUGGCGAAGCGAGGUUUAAUUCAAGCUCAAAACCAUCCCACAGUUGUGACCACUGCAGCCCCUGUGGUAACUCUUCCAGCAAAUUCAGAAGAGGAAGAAGUUAUUGCUGAGGAUUAUGAUAACCAGAAGAAAGACACCAUUAACAACAAUGUGAAUGAUUCUGAUUAUGUGGAUGAUUUCAUGGGAAACCUAGAGAAAAAGUUAAUGGGUUAUUCUGGUUGUCCUAAUAAAUAUAAUAUCUACCAUGAAUGCACAGCAUACUGUGAAGAGAAGUGGGAACAGGGUUUUGUUGAACCUGAUUCAGUUUACAUGCGCAAGAAACAGAGAAUGCUGCUAAAAUAUCCAUUGCCAGAAAAUUGGGUUGAAGUGUAUGAUCCUGGCACUGGUCGCUAUUAUUACUGGCAUACUGAGAGUGAUGCUGUAUCAUGGCUGUCUCCUCGACAUCCUCGUGCAGUUAUCUCUGAAUCAGCUGCACAUAUUCGUGAGGAAAUGCACAUGGCUGAAGUUGAUGAUGAUGAUGAAGACGAUGAAGAAGAAGAUGAUGAUAAAGAAAGUGACAUGGAUGAUGAUGGAGAGGCAAGUGAUGAAGAUUCAAGAGAAGAAAAGCGAAGAGAGGAACAGGAAAGAAGAAGAGAAGCGAGAGAACGACAUAGAGCAAAGGGACGCACAAAAGUUAGAGACAAUGACAUUGACCCAAUGGAUCCAGCUGCAUAUUCAGACACACCUAGAGGGACUUGGUCUACUGGUUUGGGGAAAAAGAAUGAAGCAAAAACUGGUGCUGACACAACAGCAGCGGGACCCCUAUACCAGAUGCGACCUUAUCCAAGUCCUGGAGCUGUGCUUCGAGCAAAUGCCAAGAGCAAACCUCAUUCAGAGAAGACAAAAAUGCAUCCAGAACUACCACCGAAGUAGACAUACAGUAUGUAAAUUCGAUGUCGGAGCUUAAAUUGCACAUCAUUACGACAUAAGACAGGAAAUAUUAGCAUGUGGUUAUUGCAUACGAAUUUGGUGUCGUACAAACUGCAUUUUAUAUCCCUGUGGAACCAGUGUUUUAUGAGUAAAUACAGUCGUCUUAGUUAGAGUUUGAGAAUUAAUUUCCCCUUUUUAAAAUUAAUUUUACAUUGGUCACAGAUACGUGUUAUAAUAUGAAUGUGGUACUAUUUGUAUUUCAUUAUUGUUUAAUUUAAGUAGUAUAAAUGGAGAUAUUUCUUUAUUUAUGAGUAAUUUAACAGAAACAUAAUUAUUGGAAAUUUAAAAUAAAUUAAAAUGUUGAACGUUU